AUGUUGAGAUAUUUUAUUAAAAAUUUACCAGGUUUAUCUACCAGGACCGCUGUUUCACCUCAUCGAUAUCGUUCACGCCUGUUUAGAUCUGUAUCUCCGGCGAUACGAUACGAUAGUAACAGAAUAGAAAAAGAGAUUAUAGAUCAAAGAUCACGAUCAUGUAAGCGAUCCAAAAGUGGUCAAUCUCUAUAUGAUGGUUGCUUAUCUAAACUUAAUGGCAAUCAGCAACGUCAUGUGUCCCAAAUCAGUGAAUAUCAGAAAAAAUAUGGGAAUGGAAAUCGGGUACAAAAUGAAAAAAAAUACAGUAGAGGACCAGGCGAACAUGACAAAUCAGAAUACAAUGAAGAAUCUCAUUUUGACAUCAAAUUUCAAACUGGCGACAAAUAUGAACUAGAAGCAGCACGACCCCGACAACUAGACACGCAAACUCCAUUUUUCCUAAUCCACAAUUUACCACUAGCUGGUUACAAUAAUAGUAGUAGAAUACUACCAAAACCUAAAAAAUUCAAACUUCAAAAUCAAACUAAUAGCGCGUCAUUAGAGGAGAAAGAAGCAAAUGAAAGAAUCAAAAAGAAGCUAAAUAGUACUUCAACAAAUAUUUUAAGUGACGAUCUUUUCUAUGAGAGCCUUAAGAAACUGCAGAAUUUCAAACCCCCUACUACCGAAAAGAAUAAAGUUAUAGCAAAAAAGCCUCCGCCAUGUCUGAAAAAGAAAUUUUUUGCACAAUCUAAUAUAAAUAUUGAUGUUCGAAUGAAGUCUUCUUUCGCAGCUAAUGCGAAUCCAUCGAACGUGACAAAAAGUAAAAGUGCAACUUAUCAAAUUAAACCACCUUUUGAGAAGCGCUUUGAUAUAAAGCAGCCUCCGCAAGUCGGAAAGUUGCAUUUGAAAGCUCUAACAGUCAACAAAAAUUCAAAAUCACUUCCAAAACUACCUUUAAUAACAAAAUUGGGGAAAAAUGUUAAACUAUCUCCAAUCGAACACACUUCAAAAAAAGAUGAUAAAACUGUAUCUAGUAAGAAGUUCCAACCUAAAGUUAUUGCAAUAAAAAAGAAGAUUCCUGUAAAAAGUCACAUAUCCUUGAAUUCAGAAUUCAGCACGAAACUUUUUGAGAUGAACGAGAAAAAAAGCAAUCACAGUUUGUGUUUACAGAAACGAGAACAAAAUAUACGUAAUAUAAAACAUACAACUAUUCAUAAUACUUUCGAUGAACAAAGAGAUAUUUUAAUAGCUAACGAAAAAGAAUUAAUUGAGCCUAUUCAAGAUUUCAAAAAGAAUUAUGUUGAUUCUAGUACGUUUAAGAAUAAUCAAGAAGGUUGUUCGACUCAGCCUGAAAGUCCCAUAACUUUCAAGUCAAGUAAAAUAUCAACAAAUGAAGAAGCGUUGAAUCAGACAAACAAUUUGAAAACAAAAAUUUCGAAAACCACAGUACCUGUCAAUAAUGUGAAUAUACCAAUACAAUCAAAAUCAACCAACGAUUCUUUUAGUGACGUGGAGAAAAAACACCAUAAUUUCACAUACGAUAUAGAUUCUACGGAAACUUCAAAACCUAAAACAGAAGCAAAGUCACUAUUGACGGUGCAUCAAGAGACUGAAUGCACAGACAUAAAAAACAACAAUAACACCAAUACUUCUGAAACUGUAAAACAACUAAAAGAGAAAACAUUCACAUCAGUACAAUCACAGGAAUACAUACCUCUAAAGGAAAGUCGACAGGAAUCACAAAAUGAAAUACAACAGUUAACAGAAACUGUCAAAAAAAAUAUGUCACACAAAUCUGAUAAGCAGACUUUCUUAAACUCGAUACCAAAAGGAAAUAGACAAGAAUCACCUCCAAAAAUAGAUUCUCAAGAUGCUAAACUAACACAAUUGUCAACAGAAUAUAUACCGUACAAAUCUGAAAAAUUAUCACCACAAAAAAGAGAAUCUCACUCAAAAAUUUACAAUAACGAGUCUCAAAAUAAUCAACAAUUAACCGAUUCUGAUAAUACAACAAUUUCUCAAAAAACAGGAGAACAAUCUUUGCUAGAUUCAAUCCCAAGAAGAGAAAAGCGAGGAUUAACUCUAAAUACGAAUAAUCAAGCAGGCUGGAAGAAAUUAACAGCAGAAAAACAGCAUGUUUCAAAUAAACCCCCAAAGUUGAAUAUAGAAAAACCACCCCCUAAGUCUGGUACACAAGAAACUAGAGUUGUCAAUCAAUUAACAGAAGCUGCAAAAAAAAUAAUUGCUUAUAAUAAUGAGUGUCAGUCUUUUUUAGAGCAGCCUCUCAGUAAUGAGAGGCAACGAAAAAAUUCGGAACCAUCAACUGUCAUAGAAACAUCUGUGAGUAAUAAACAGCAUUUUUUAGUCCUAGCCCCCCAAGGGGGGGCUAUUCGUGAUUUGCAACACAACAUUAUGAUAUCAAAAAAUUUACCAACUCUUAAUAAUAAUAAUAAAUCGACAUAUGAUUGUGAGCUGCAAAAAGUUGAAGACGCACAAUGUAUUACUUCAAAUACAUUAACAAAAGCAGCUAAAAAAAUAAUAAAUUACAUAUCCGAAUAUCAACCACUAUUCAUAGAUUCAUCAAAAAUAGAAGUGAAUACUGAUAAGUUAUCAAAAUACCAUAGACUAACAGCAAUACCACAGAAAGCUCCUUGUCAGAAUGCCUUAAAAGACGAUAAAGAUUCUCCAAUGUCUACAUGUGGAUCUAUUACCAAAGGACCAACACCGAAUUCUGUCACUCGUGAAUUUGAACAGAAAAUUGGUCAUAUCUUGCAAACUACAGCAACUAUUUCUUCCUCGGUUCCAUCUGAAAAAUUGAAUCCAAUUUCAGAAUCGCCAAAGAUGUUGGAAACAACAGAGAAAGAUGAUUUCGUUAAUCAAAAGUUAAAAGAUGAAUCGUCAAAAAAUUGUCAGCAAGACGAAUUACUAGUAUCAGAUUCUAAAAUAAGUACUGAUGAGAAAAAUGAGGCAAGUGAAAGUUUGGUGAGAACAGAAUUCCCUACUGCAAAUGUAUCUAAUAAAAACUACCCAGCCGCUUUACUUCAUUCUGAUUUAACACUUGAAAUGUAUCCACAUAAAGAAAAUUCUUAUUCAAAUUCAAAAAUGGAUGGCUUUGGAAAAAAAUUGAGUCUACCUACAAAUUGCUCUCUUCUAAAACCUGAAAAGACUUUUUUAAUGAGAAACAUUGAUAAACCACAAUUAUCAGGAACAAAUGAAAUACUGCAAAUAAAAAAAUUGAAGACGGGUCUUAAUAGCUCACACAGUAUUUAUAAAUUAGGAGCUAUACAAGAGAGUUUGAUUUUGAAUAAGAUGAAUGAGGAAAGUAUGUCAUUAAGAGGAUAUAAAUCAUGCUCAAAAACAACUUUUGACGAUAUUGAUCACCAUAAGAAAAGUUUAGAUCAAGAUUGCAAGAAUCCUUAUCAAAGCGAUGAUGAUUGUAUGUCGAACGUGAAGUAUACGAAGAAACCAUUCCCACAUCAAUAUUUUUCUAAUGGUGUGGAAAAAUCUGAAUUCUCAAAUGAUUCGAAGCUCGAAACUUAUGCCCAUAGACACAGUAAUAAUGGCAUGAGUUGUGAGACUGCAGAAUAUAAAAAUUAUUUAGAUGAUAGUAUAAAAAGAUUUGAGUUUUAA